AUGCUAAGAACCGUUGUACAUUUUCUUCGAACCUUCCCCCGUAUGCCUAAAUUUUUAGGUCCUACGUUUCUUCAGGGAUUUUGUAUAAACCAGCGUCUUUACUCAGAUGACCCCAAGAAGAAUUUUACUUCUAUAACAUCCAAUGAUGAAAAUGAAGACUCGGUUAUUGAAAUAUAUGACGUUCCCGUUGAUCAGCAAUUUGACGAAGAUCCCGAGUUUGACUACUUUAAUCAAUCUCUGGAUUAUUAUAACUAUCCAUUCAUAUGUCCUGGAAGAGCAUCAAAUGGCGUAUUUGACCUUUCUGAAAUUGUUCAAUUUCUUCGGUCUGAAAUGUUCAUCGAUAUCGUUGCCAUUCGUUUGCCCGAUGUUGCUUGUUGCGGAGACUACAUGGUUAUCGCGUCGGCAAAUUCAAUUAAACAUAUGACCCAGUCUUCAAGAAUCUUACAGAAAUUGUUUAAAAUGAAACGAUCUCCAUCGGACUCUAUACCAAAUUUUGAGGGACUUGAUAGAAAAUCUGACUGGAUAGCCGUCGAUUUAGGUAAUAUAAUUUUGCACAUGUUUGCCACGAAGGAAUGUCGAAAUCGGUAUGAUCUCGAAUCCCUGUGGGGAAUUGGUGCUGAAUUUGAUCUUAAGGCUCAAGGUCUGGAUGAAGUAGAGAAGCAGUCAGAGCAAUCAGCUCCUCUAGGUCUUACUCAAGCUGAUUGGGAAAGGAUUUUGGCUGAAGUCGCCGCGGAUGAAGCAAAGCAUUCAUAG